GUUAGGCCAUUAUUCGUGUAGGCCAAUGCUCGUGGGUUCGCAUUCCUCCUUCCAACUCGGCUCUCGCUUUCUCGCCGGAAAUCUUGAAGGGCGUCAAAGCCCUAGCCAGGUCGGUAGUUAGAAUGAGAGUCCUAACGCCUCUCUAUGGUGUCUCUUCUCAUCUUCUACGGGUGGUUUUCCUCAAUGUCCCCGCCUUCAAGAGAUCAGCUCUAGCUUCCCUGUGUUCUAACCUACAGCAUACUGAGGGGGAAUAUGCAUCCUCGUUUCGGAUGAACGGUCGUUGCCUUUCAUCAUCGUUAGUAGUGGAUAGUGUUUUGGAAUAUGAGAGAGAUCAGCAAUGGGAUGUUGGAAAAGUGGAGGAGAAGAAUGCGACGCUUCAUCUUGCCUUGUCCCAGCUUGUUGUUGAUUUUGAUAGAGACUCUAAUUUAUCUAUGCGUCGUUUCUUCAGCACACGAUGGGCACCAGUGAUUCCUACAGGCUCUUUGAAGCUUGAUCAGGCCCUUGGAAUUGGAGGACUACCAAAGGGAAGGAUAGUUGAAAUAUAUGGAAGAGAGGCAUCUGGAAAAACAACACUUGCACUUCAUAUCGUUAAGGAGGCACAGAAGCUUGGAGGAUACUGUGCAUAUCUUGCUGUUGAGAAUUUGAUAGAUCCAUCACUGGUGGAAGCAAUGGGUGUUGAUACGGAAAAUCUUCUUGUUGCUCGUCCUAACUCAGCUGAAAACACAUUGAGCAUAGUAAACACUCUUGUUAAUAGCAGAUCUGUGGAUGUUAUUGUGGUGGAUAGUGUAGCUGCUCUUGUUCCUGAAUGUGAACUUCUUGGUAUGAUAGAUUCUAAAUCUGUUGACAUGCAAUCACAAUUGAUGACCCAAGCACUUCGCAAGAUUCAACACUCUUUAUGUCUGUCCCAAGCUCUUGUAAUUUUUGUUAAUCAGGUUAGAAUGAAGUCUAGCAAAGGCUUUGACGAGGCAAAUGAGGUAACCUGCGGUGGAAAUGCCUUGAAAUUCUAUGCAGCUGUUCGGAUGAGAAUUACAAGAAAGGAACUACUACAUUGCCAGGAUAAGAUUACUGGCAUUGGCAUAUCUAUUGAGAUCAUUAAAAAUAAAAUGGCACCUGCUUUGAAGAAGGUUGAUUUAGAGAUAGAAUUUGGUAGGGGUUUUCGGAGUGAAGCUGAGAUUUUAGCAAUGGCUUUAGAUCAUGGAAUAAUAAUAAGAAAAGGAGGUGGGUAUUGGAUUAAGCGAAAAUUCUUUAAACAUAAACAAGAAGUUGAAUGUUUUUUGGCAGAAAAUAGUGAUGUGACGGAGGAACUUGUUAACCGGUUAAAGAACCAGUUGUUUGAAAAAGAGCAGAAGAUGGCUGAAUCAGCAGAACAUGUUUCUUGCUCUUAAAUGCCCCCGAAGUCUCCUUUGAGAGCAAAUCAAUUGAAAUAGAAUGAUUGGUACUCAAACUUGUAAGCGGCAGAAUUACUUCAACCUAGAUAGAUCAACUCAUUUACUGGUACUUAAUGGGACCAUUAGAUACAUGCCAUGUGCAAAUGGUCUCACUGUUUUAACAUAAUCAGCUUCAUUCAGGUACCUUCUCGUAUGACAAAUGUAGCUGCUUGCUUGGGUUGUUACUCUACACUGCUUUUAUUCUAAUUUUAAUCUGUUGCAAAGCUAAGGAUAUUUCUCUUGACUGUUGCUGUAAUUUUGUACUUCUAGUUGCAUGUUUUUAAUUAUGGCCUGAUGGAAGGAUAUACAUGAAAAAUGCACUUGAUAAGCUCAGCAGGUCAGCAGUUUAUGUGCCCUGAUAAUAACAUAGUUUGUGCCCUGGUAAUAACAUAGUUUGCACUA